AUGGGUAAUUCCGUAAUGAAAGAUGACCAUUUUGCAUUUAUUCAGGCGUUGGCGAAAAGAAUCGAGUCGUUGUUACCAAAUCACACCGGUCGUAGUAUAGAAGAAGUUGAACUUGACCAACAAUUUUCAAUCUCAAGAAAAUUAUUAUUAGAGAACAAUAAUAAAGACCCACAAACAGUAACGUACAUUUUAAUAACAUUUGCUUCAAUUCUAAAGACUAUUAAUACUGAAUUCACUAACAACAAACUAAAAUACCGUGAUGAUAAAUCAAGAAAUUCAAUUUUACUAAUUUGCAAAUUACUUGCUGACAUUUUAAAAGUGAGUUGGAAUCGAGAGUCCACUAUUGUUGAUGAUAAAGAUUUUUUAAGCAAUUACUCAAAGUUUUAUUAUUAUGAUACUCCCAACAAAAUAGAUUCCUCGGUAGUUACCGAUUUGGUUGAUACAUUUGUCAAUAUGAUUUCUUCCAGUGUUGUCCGGAAAGUGGUAUCACUAGUGCGUAACGAACAAACAUUAACAACUCUUAUUGUUGCUAAAGAAGAAUCUGAGAUUUUGCGUGAAGAUCAACUAAUGACAAAGGAAGAAGAAACUGAAUUAGUGGUAGACAAGAUUGAUUUCUAUUUUGAUACCAUACUUCGAUAUAUUGCUACUGCAAAUCCUGAAGAUUAUUACAAUGUUUUAAAAGCAAAAAUUUUUAGGUAUUCCCAAAGAGACAUGACGAUUCCUUUACCCGUUUUGCAAACAUAUUUACCGUUGCUAAAAUUUAUUUUUUUUGCAAAGGUCAACUCCGUCCCCGUUGUGGAAGAUACUUUGAAGGCUUUGCCAUGUAUAAGAUCAACUACUUGGAAGCAAGUAUACUUGCACUUUCUAGCUAGCAGUAUCAAAGCUCAAUCAUUUUCACGUACUUUGGAUUACAAUAUGUUGGUGGAUUUGAAUGAUACCCAUCAAGGUCAAGUGUCACGAAGUUUGUUUGAUGUAUCAUUUAGCCUAUUUUCUGAUGAGUCAUCCUCAAAUCUGUUUAACUCACCAUUUGUUCUAAUUUGGUUUUUCGUUAUUUGUCUUGAAGAUGUUAUUGAAGUCAGCAGCGAUAAGCCAUUAAAUAAAUUAAAGCUCACAUUCAACAAAAGGCUAAAAUUUAUAAUGUCACAGUUGAAAGAAAGCAGUAAUGCUUCCAAUUUGGGGAGUUUCGAUGCAUUUAUCCAUCUAUUCCAUUUAGGCGCCCGUUUACAAGCAUACAACCAAUAUUCGCAUCCAAUUUAUAAAUUUAGCAUGAAAUUUCUUGACGACAUCCACCGCAAUUUGAUAAAGUUUGGCGAAGUUCGCAAGGACGAUCUUAUAGUUGAUGAUGAAUUGCUUUUUAGAUAUGAUUUGCUAACAGUCAAUUUCUAUUUGGCAGCCAUUUUAUUAUGUCCAGAAAAGUACACUAAAACUGUGAUCAAUAACUAUAAGCAAAACCAGGAGGAUCUUCGGUUCAACAAGAUUUUCGUUAAGAUAAUUAAAGGAUUGUCAGAAAUUGAAACUGCCAAGAAAUCGUUUUUUGCAGCAAUGAAACAAGUGACACCCACUUUGAGAUUGUUGGUUUAUGGUGCUUCAAAAAUUUUGUAUCAAUAUGAGAUUUGGCGUAGUAUUAACCAACCAAGCCAGAGCAGCAUUGCUGGUGGUUCAGAUACUUCUACAGCCUCAUAUAUUGACAAUGAACAAAACAGUGAUGAAGCAACUGCUGCAACCCAAGAAGCUUUUAAUCGAAUUAAAACAAGCCUAGAUCAUUAUACAGCAGAUUUAUUUGACACUGACUCGAAAAAACUAAAUAGUAGCAAAAAUUUUGCUACCUCAUCAUCUUCAUUAUUAUCAACUUCAACUAUUAGAUUCCGAAUUGUGAAUGGAGCAGAAGAGUUAUUAUCAGACAUUUUUCGAAUAUUUGCAGCAGCACCACAAUUCUAUUUCAAUGAUGAAGAGUUAAUGAGUAAAGAAAUAUAUAAAACCAAGCCAUUAUCAGAAUCACUCCCACCUAUCAUACGAUUUUGCCACGAAGCAAUUAUCCCAAUAAGAUUGGCAUUUAAAUCGAAAUGGAUAGUUCAAGGAGACACACGGUUAUUGGACUCGACAAAGGAGUUGUCAUUAAAAAUGGUUGAGCCAACUACCAGUUUGGUUGACAUUCGUACUGAAUUAUCGGUUUUCGCAAAUUUUCAAAUCUGUUGUUGUAUUAUUUAUGUCACAUGUGAAGCGUGCUUAUCAAUUUCAUUGCUUAACCCAAAGUUUAAAUCCUGUUUUUUGUUUUUAAAUUCGUUUUUGCAAAAGAGAACCUACUUCAACAGAUUUAUGAUUGAAAAUCCUAUCUUGACUAACCCAGAUACACGAGACUAUUUAGGAUUUUGUGGCGAUAUUAUACAUUCUGUGGAAAAAGUAUUGUUACUUUCCUUAUGUACUCAUGACAUACUGUUUUAUAAUUAUGCAUUGCAAGGAAUAGAUUGGUAUCUCAAUGAAAUGAAAGUGAACAAAGGUUUCUAUCCAUCCGAGGAUGUUAGCGAUACUUUGGUUGAUACAUUUCAACUAAUCCUGGAAGAUAAGGCUGUUUUCACAGGAUUUGUCAGUCUUCACAAGCGUCAUAGAAAUAUUUUACGUAAUUCCAAACCAACAAAGUCAUUAUAUCAAAUAUGGGUAACCAUUUACCAUCGGUGGGUCAGAAUUCUUGAUACUAAAUCGUGCCUAGGAAAUGACAAGACACUUAUUUUGAGACAUUUCACUGGAUUUCUCGUGUCUACUUCUGGUUGUUUCUUAUCAGGAAAUUUAGUUUCUGAAGAACUUGCGGUAAAUAGCUUACCAACAGCUCCGAUAUCCGAGUUUUUUGACAAGUGUAUAGAGUUGUUAACUUCACCUGACAUGGUAGUGCAAAUGAUCAUUAAAGAAGCUUUAUCGAGUGAAUCACAAGCAGAAAUAUAUUGCUUAACUGCUCGAAAGCUAAUGGAAACAGCAACACAUUAUUUUGAGAAUAAUAAAUCAGAUGAAAUUGCACUAUUUCUAGAUCGUGCAAUGAUAGUUAUGACGUCUAUGAUAAAUGUGAAAAGUGAAGGAGCACUCUACCUUUCCACCUUGUUGCCAGACAUUUGUCAUGAUUUUAUCAAAUUUAUAAAUGCAGUAGAUGACCCAUGUGAGAGAUUUAAGUUGCAAUUAAGGUUUUGCAAACUUGGAUGUGCUUUAGAAUCAGAUCGUACGAGUGCUGGUUUGAAUGGGGCUUAUAAAUUAAGAAAUCUCUACUCCAGAGCAAGUUUGGAGUGGUUGGAACCAGCAGUAUUUUAUGAUGGUUCACUUGAGGGAAAUCUAAAAGCUGAUGAUAGUUCAAGUGUGAGAACCAACAAAGAAAUGGAGAUUCUGUAUUUGGCAUUAGAUUUUGCAGUUGAAUGUUCUUUUCUUUUACGAGGACAGGUUGAAAACCUAUUAUUGGAAGUCCCAGAUGGGAUCAAAGAUGAUGAAAUCAAUAAAUAUAAAGAUUUGUCUUUUAGUGUUUAUUUUUCAUUAUUUUACAAGGUGAUUCAAAAAUAUACCAAAGCAACCCCCACAAGUCGAGAAAAACAUAAGCAUCAUAUUAUCAUUGAUAACAUUCUUCAAUCCAUCACAAAUAUUUUGCAAUAUGACUCUCAGAUUGGAAUGAGAUUUAUUUUACCUAUGGGAUAUCAUGAAAGCAAGAAAAUAAGGUCAAUUUUUUUGAAUGUAUUUUCCAAAAUGUUGGUUCAUCAAAGCAAAAUCUCGAAGAGGGAAGAGUACCCAGAUGGGUUAAUUGAUGAGUUGACAGAUCAGUUUGAAAUUUUUGGUUCUAUUGCAGAAUGUUCCUCUUCAUUUGAACAUAAUUUAUUAGCAUCUGCAUUUUUCGAAGUGUUUUCCUAUACUGGGAAAUUGAACAAUUUGUUUAAUGCUUUGUUAAAUACCGAGGUAGCUCUUCUGUCAAGAUCAACUGAUUUGUUUAGAAGAAAUUCAACUUUGACUAAAUUCCUAUCGUUUUACGCACAAACUAACGGGGCAGAUUAUUUGAAUGAGGUUUUGUUACCUGUUAUCAAGGAUCUAGUUGACAAUGAUGUACAAUUUGAAGUUGAAAAGCAAGAUAACUCGGAAACUGCAGAUCUUUUCAUGUUACAUUUCUCAAGAAUAGUCGAUCUGAUUGUGAAUUCGACCGACAAAUUGCCAUAUGCAUUUAAACUGGUAAGCAAGGCAAUCUAUGAUUCUGUGUCGAAUAAAUUCCCUGAAGCUGCACUUACAGCUGUUAGUUCUCUCAUCUUUUUGAGAUUUUUAUGUCCCGUAAUAAUCAGUCCCGAACAACAUUUCAAACUUCCAAUUAAGAACCCCAAAGUUAAAAGAUCAUUAAUGCAAUUAGUGAAAGUAUUGCAAAAUAUGGCAAAUGGAACUUUAGCUUCUAUGAAAUGGCCAGCACUUACUGGGAAACUUGAAGAAUUGAAUUUUUACAAUCAAAAAAUUGAUGGUUUUUUGAAGAUGAUUUCCACAGAUGAAACAACGGAGAAUGACAGUGCUGACAUAUACAAACCUGAGAAACCAUUAACUUCGUUGAGAUACUUGCACAAGUUUGUUUACCAUUACUUUGGAAAAAUCAGAUAUAACUUUCUUUUCCAAAACUUCUCGCCAUAUGAAUACCUGUUACAUGAUAAAGCCGCGAAAUUCAAGAAAUUCGAUUAUCUCGUGAUGCAAAUGGGUCAACCAAAUCCUGGUGUUAAAUUACAAGUUUCCAGUAAGUUGAAACUUCCUGACGCUAAUAAUUUGGACGAGGACGAAAUUAAGCUUAAUGAUUUUAUGACAAAAAUGUCCAUCAAAUUUUCUGAUACACCACCGGACGCAGUUGAUGUAAUUCAUAGUUCCAUUUUCAAAGAUGGUACACCAGCAGUGGUCGUUAACUUGAAAAAAUUGAGUGGUCGACCACACGAUUUUGAAUAUUUGGCUUAUAAAUUAAUAGAAACAGCGUCUCAAGUGUGGGAUAACAAGUUUUACUUGGUAUAUGAUUUCACCGAAUAUUACUAUUACAUUGAAACGGUGACAGUCGAAUAUGCCAAUUUGAUUGCAAAUAGUGGUACUAAAUUAUUAUUCAGUAAUUGUCAAAGAGUUUAUUAUUUCAAUAUACCCAGAAUUGAAAAUCCAGGUAUUAUGGAAGGUGUUAAAUUGGUUAGAGCAAAGGGAGAGAAGUAUGGAACUAAAGUUUAUAUUUACUCACUUUCAGACCCUGAUAGUAUUAUCAAGAAUUUAUGUCUUGAUCUGGAGACAUUAGCAAUUAAUCGUGAAAAUAAAGUCACUUUCAAGGAUGUUUUACUUUAUGAUGUAUCUACUGAAAAAUUCAUGCCUGUCCAAUUCAAAAUAGGAAGACGAUUUGUCACAUUAUGCUUUACUACCCGAGUGAAUAUUGAUUAUAUUGCAAGUGUUACAGAUGGGUUUACCCCAGUCGAGGUUUAUCGUAUCAGUGAGAUGAACAAAUGCGAAGUGUCUAAUUUGACUGGAAACAAUGAUGAAUUUACAAUUUAUUUGAAUCGUGGAGUCCAACUCACUUUUAGAUCACAAGAUAGACUUGAAAUUCUUAGAUAUUUAUAUUUUACUAUUUCAAGAUUGCCAAAGGAACCAUUUGUUUUGAAUAAUGAAUUGGAUUAUCAUAAUGAACGUCACACCAUGCAUUGGUUUGGAAGAUUAUAUAAUAUUGUUUUCCAAGGGUUGUUGAGUCAUGAUGAAGAAUUAAAAUCAAAAGCAGCGGUCUUGUUUGGUUCCUUGUCGACAUACUUUGAAAUUGAUUUUGGAAUUCGUGAAAACCAUGCAAGCAAUGUUCCAUUCCCAGCCGAUGCUACUAAUUUUGUUGUUACUGUUUCAGCACAUUUAGCGAAAACUUUCCCACAAAUGACGUAUCGAUUUUUCAAAGCAUUUUUUGAUAAUUUCGAUCGUAUAGAUAAGGAUACCAGGUUUACAUCUAUUUUGUAUUUAUCACCUUGGAUUCAAAACAUAUAUGAGUAUGUGUUUCUGAAUGAUGAGAAUGGUGCUGACAAGACUGCAGAUUUGCUUCGAUUGUUUUGUCGUCUUACAUCAAUUUACAAAGAUCGUAUUCCAUUCAUUAAUGAUUAUAUAUGGUCCAAAUUGUUUCAAGAGGCAAGGCUAGUAUCAACUUUAGUGGAAGAAGUAGUAGCAUUUGCUAUAGACAGUAAAAAUGAUAAUCCAGACUGGACAUUUAUUAUUGCAGUGAUUUGUCCAUCAAUAGAAGUUUGUGGUGAGGUGACAUCAAGAUUAUUGCAAAGAAUCAACAAGGUUGUGACAACGGAUUCGUCCAUUGCUUUACAAUCAAAAUUGUUUGAAAUAUCGGUUUUAAUUAAGAUUUGUUCGUCAUUGUUUUUCAAUUCAUAUAACUUAGCCAAGACGUAUUUGGCAGAAUUGAUAUUUUUUGUGACUUUGUUUAUUGAUAAUCCCAUUUUGGAUGUUGGUGAUGAUUUACAAAAAUUGCUCAUGACAGCAAUUCAAUCUUUUUUACACAAACCAAAUUUGACUGAAGCGCAACGAGCUGAAAUAGAUAAAGCUAUUGCAUAUUUUUCAACUCCAAGAGCUAAGAUGAUUUUUGGUGCUAGUAGAGAUGUAACCAAAAGAAAUGAUGCUGCUCAAGCUUUCAAUAAACUCACAAAUAUUGAACAAUUUGCCGAUUACUUGAAUGUUUUCAUUAAAGCAUUUGCUUUGCAUGGUGAUAGAACCAAUUGGCGAGCUAGAUGGUCGUCUAAUACUAUUGAUGUUGCCUUUAACAAUUAUUCGGUAUUCCAAGAUCGAGCAUUUUUGAUGGUGGGAAUUCUUGCCAAAGAAGGUAUUAGUGACUCCAAUGCAUGUAGAACUAUCAAGUUAGUUUCUAAUGGUGAGUUAAAUAGUAUUGAUAUAACUAUCUGUGUUGCUGUUGCUGUUGCCAGAAUUUUAGAUGGUUUACCUGAUAGUUCAAUUUUACCGCCAAUAUUGAUUUGGCCACAAUUAUGCUUUACAUUAUUGAAUCAUGCUGUGCUUUAUCCUUCUGGGUUAGAAAAUGUUAUUGCUUCAAUCACAAAAAUUAUGAGAAUUGGACCAAAUUAUUUGGAUGUUAUAUUUGAACAACAACAAUAUUUAGAACCCGAACUAUCCAAGUUUCAAGAAAGGCAUGGUUAUAUAAUCACUAAAGAGAAUUUUGGUGUCCACAUAUUUUUCAUAUUGGGUCAAGGAUUGAGAAUGUCCCAAUAUAGACAUUUAGCGAUUGCUUGUAUUAAGAGAUAUUUCAAGCAACGAUACUUAAUGAGGGUCGGGAAACAACUCGAUGGGAAAUUUAUAUCAAAUAAUGCUUAUGCUUAUAUUUUCUAUCUUUAUUUGUGUUGUGAUUGCAAAGAGGUUGAGGAAUAUUUUAGAGAACUUGAAAUUGAUUGCCCAUUUGUACUUUUAAAUGAUAAUCAAAAAGUUCCUAAGUUACUAAUUGAUUUAUUGAUGGACAAUACGGAAGUAUCCAAAAUAGUCAUGAUACAUGUUGGAUUUUUAUUCUGUGACAUCCAAGGCGUCGAUAUCAGUUUCAAAGCAAGAUUUAUUCAAAUCUAUCUUUAUUUGCUUAAGAAUUCCAAAGAAAUCGCAUUACUUGUGUAUCAUGUUAUUAAACUAACAUUGAUGCAUGAUUUGGUGAAUACUGUUUCCGUGGAAGUUGUUAAAAAUAUUUCCCAAGUAGUCGAUAUUGUUUCCCAAUGUACUGAUUAUGAUCCAGAAUAUUAUAAGAAUGUUAUUGAUGACUUGUUAAAAUUGAAGAAAGUCACAAUUCUCAAAACUUUGAGACAUUUGAAACCACUUAGUGAAACUAUUGAUGAAAACCAAAUAUUCAAACCUGAUUUUGAUUCUGAUAUCAAACCAAUCCAAUCGAUGCUUUAUAGAGCUGCAUGUAGUUACAUCAGUGGAUCGAAAUUGGAAGAUUGA